AUGCGUCUCUCCGCCGCUCUUACCGCUCUGCUCGUGGCCUGCGCCGCCGCCACACCUCACGGCAAUCGUGACGCUUGCCCGGCCAGGAACCCCAAGAGUUCUUCCACGACUACUAGCAGCAGGCCAGCCCCGACUGGUCCCUUUUCCGACGACGCCUCUUGCGGUGGCCCCAAAAACUUCGUCUGCCGCGCUGGGAAUUGCUGCUCUAGUGCAGGCUUCUGCGGCGUCACCGCGGCCCACUGCGAGGCCGGGUGCCAACCUGGAUUGGGUGAUUGCGGCUCUCAAUUCGUCAAAGUCACGACCGGGCUUCCUGGCAGUGUUUCGACAGACGGUACAUGCGGCCCCAAAAACGGCUUUUUGAAAUGCCCCACAGGCAACUGCUGUUCGCGAUUCGGCUUCUGUGGUGCUACAGACCUACACUGCGCCCCCGGGUGCCAGCCCGACUUUGGUUUCUGUCCCACACCCACCCCUGGCAGUAAUGUCUCGCCUGACGGCACCUGCGGUGGCUCUAACAAGUUUGUCUGCGCUAAAGGGACCUGCUGCUCUAAGAGUGGCUUCUGCGGUACUACUAAGGACCACUGUGACGCCGGCUGCCAGUCUGAUUUUGGUGACUGCGGCGAUGCUUUCGUCCCCACCCCGAGCGGUACUCCGGCCCCCGGUAGUGUCUCUACUAAUGGCAAUUGCGGUGGUGCCAACCGCUUGAUGUGUCCUCAAGGCAACUGCUGCUCCCAGUUCGGCUACUGCGGUGCCACGACUGACCACUGCGGUGCUGGCUGCCAGCGUGCCUUUGGUAUCUGCACUUAA